CUACGUAGUGCUUCACCGAAUCUCUUGUUAGUGAGAGAUGUGCUCCUUCAAAACACAAUCUCGCGGUUGAAAGAUUUUUAAUUAGUAUUCCAAUUACUGUUAUAGUACAAUAUUUACGAGCACGUCGUUGAUGUAUCACACAUCAGCAAUUUCUCAAUACUAUCUUUGGGUUAUGAAUUCUCUUGGCAGAUGUGAACGGUAAUCAUGUAACUACAGCUUACUGUUACUCAAAUGUCUGCAAAGCGAAAAAUCUCAGCAGUGAGGAUCAGUUCUAUUAGAGAAAUGAUAAGAAUUAUUUGUACAACUAAACAAUCAGAAAUGAGAAAAAUGUUUUGAGAAUGUUUUGAUAUUUACACUCACCUGUGUAUUCAGUGAUUUAAAAUUCUUGCAUUUAUUUACUGUAAUAUUGAGUUUGAAAAUGUUGAAAAUAACUGCAUUGAAUGAAGUUCAAAGCAAGGAAACAGAAGAAGAUAAUGUGAAUGCCAUAACAAAGGAAGCUCAAGAGCAGUUUGCUUUGAAUGAGUAUAAUCGAGCAUUGCAAUUACUCAUCGAAAAUAACAAAACAGAAGCAUUAAAUGUAUUAUUAGAGCUUCUGGAUACAAAACUUUUGGAUGAAGUGAAGAAACCAAAAAAACAAGAUGGUCAUACGAGACCAAUGCUGUCUUUGAAAUAUGCUUGUUAUAAAAAUAUUGCAAACAUCCAAGCAGAUUUGGAAAACUACCAUGAAGCAGUUACCAACUAUUGGCAAGCUAUCAACUUAGAUGAUAGUGAUGUCAUGAUUUGGUAUAAAAUUGGUACAUUGGCUCUUAAUAAAUCAAAUUUAGAGGAAGCAUGUUUUGCUUUUAGGCAAGGUUUGAAACGCAAUAAAAAUCAUUGGCCAUGUUUAGAUAGUUUGAUUACAGUUCUUUAUGCCAUUCCGGAUUACAUGAACUGUCUCAUGUAUAUUUCUCUUGCCUUAGAGAGAGAUCCCUCGUACAGCAAAGGAUUAAUCUUUUGUAGAGAAAUCUUGAAGGUAGUACCAUCAUUUGAGAAAUUGUCAGAUGAUUUUUUUGAAUUUCCAUUGGACAGUAAAUAUGAUCAGAAUAUUGCUAAAGUUUUAUUAAAAAAAGUAAGAAAAUUAUCUGAAGACUGGAUUAGUUUGCGUAAAAGCGAUAAGAGUCCCUUAAGGCAAUUGUGUUUGGAAAAGCCUUUAGAAUCAUUAUCAUGGCUUGAAUUAGGUGAAAAGUUGAUGCUUAUGAUUAAAUAUAUGAAUGAGAAUAAUUUAAAUUUAUUAAAUUACAUUGUCUUGGCAGAUUCAAAUCAAUUAGAAACCCUAGUCUCAGUAUGCAAUUCUCAUAAAGAAAUAGAAAUACAUGAAUCUACACAUCAAAAAGAAAAUAGUUUUUCAGAUACAAAGCAAAUUUUCAGUUCAACAGAAAAUAAUGAAUUAGAUAAUGAAAACCAAACAUAUUCUAGUGAAUUUCGAAUUACAGAAAAAAUUAAUUGUACAGAUGACUCGCCCAUAGAUAGUUGUGAUGAGUCUCAAAUUAAAGUUGAAACUAAUGGAUGUGUUGAAAAGUUUAAUUCUGAAGAUAAAGAUGAGGAAAAUAUUAUGAAUGAAGAUUGUAAAUUGAAUGAAAAAAGUAUUGAUGAUUCAUUAGACCCUAGUAAAGGUGAUCCUAAUUUGAAUUCUAGAGAAACACAAAGGCAAAAGAAAGUCAAGAAACGCCGUAGAAGCUCACUUUGUAUUCUAACUGAAUGGCAUUGGAGCAGUAGUAAUACGAAACGUUCUUCACGUAUUUCAAACCGUAAGGAUUGUGAAAAAGAUGGAAUAGAAGAAACACUAAAACAAAUAUUUCCUCCAGCAUUGUUACCAGACAACAUUAAGUUUUCAAAAGAAGAUGCAAUAAAAAAUAAUGAUUCUAUGGAUACUAUGGAUGCAUAUUAUGCAAUGCUUAAUAAGGAAAGUAAUUUUACAGAAGAUUCUAAAAGUAUGGAAAGUUUCAAAGCAAAUAGUCCAUCAAAUGAAGGCCAAAUAAGUUAUUUUGGUAUGGAACAAGAAUAUUUAGAUGUGCGUGAAUUUAUUACCAAGUAUUCUGGAAAAUGCAAUAUGAUAACUUUAACAACAAAGUUCAUUCAAUUUUUGUGCACAAAAUGGAAUCAAAAAUGGCCAAGUGAAUUGGCAGAAUUGUAUAUUCAAAUGUAUUUAUAUGUAAAAAAAUAUACACCAUUAUCCUCACCACUUGAUGAUAAGACUGAUGAUGAAUACUUAUUGAAAUUAAGUGCUGAAGUUAAAAUACUUUACUGUGAACUUCUUCUAGAUAAAUGGUUAUUGAAAAGAGCAUCUACAUUGCCAGAAGAGAGCUCCGAAGAAAAAUUAGAAACAGAAGUUGCGUUACUGUCGGAUGAUCUAGGCUACAUAGUUUUCUCUCGUAAUGAUGAUGAUUUAUCUGAUGUCUACCUACUAAGACGAAUGCUAUGGUUGAAAGCUAAUUUGUUUUUAUACCAAGGUAAUGUUGAAUUAUCACUAAGGAUAUUUGAGCUACUUUUGUGUCAUUUUCAAGAAUCUCAGAUUGAUUUGUACAUUAAAUUAAACAACUGUACAUAUAAUGCUACAAUAAGUGCAGAUACUGUCCAAAAAACUAUCACACUGAUCAAGAGAAGCAAGAAAUUUAGUAAAAUAAGGCGCUUGUACGAAGACAAAAAUUAUGAAGAAGUUUCCAGUAUAUUAAAGGAUACAUUUCACUUCACAAAACAAAUCAAUGAGUUUCUGAUGUACAAAGGAAAAUCAAUAGAUAGAAUAGAACAUUUCAAAUUGUUGCUAGACUCUUUGUGGCAACUACAUCAAUAUGAAGAUUGUUAUGUUUGGGCUGAAGCAUGUUUCAAUGAAUCAUGGCAUAAUUAUCUAAACACAAUCGGCAUUGAUCUACAGUCAGUUGAGAAUGAAGAGGAGAAGAAAAAAUGGGUAGAUUCUAUUUUAUACACCUUAAAAAUGUUGGACGAUUGUGUCUCAGAAGUUAGCAUAUUCGUAGUUCAGUAUUUAAAAGAAUCACGUCGCUCACGUUUUCUCAAGAAUUUGAUUCAUUUUGUCAGCCAUCAAUUAGAAACAUUAGAUAGCACUUCAACAAUUCCAAUAUUCAGUGUUUUGCCAUGGAUUUUAUUGCAUUACAUUCUACAGUAUGAAGAGGAUAGACAACGAGCACGAUCAAUGUCCAGACAAAAGCAUAGAUCAGAUAUCCCGUCAAGUCCAGAAUCAGAUGAAAAUGAAUAUGAAAUUCCUGCCUCUGUAAUUCUCUUAUUCAAAGCUCACACUUUUCUCGGUCGGCAUGGUUGGUGUUGCGUUGAGGAAGGAAGACUUUUAAUAUUCAUAAUCAAAUUGAUCAUUCCAAAGAUAAACUUCCCUUUGUUCGCCAAGAUAAAAAAUAAAUUAAUAAAGCCUCUGGAGCAAGUUAUUUUUUGUUUGUAUGGUCAUCCAGCAAAAUACGCCACUGGACAAAAGCAAAGGUCAAAGCAUCUGGAAGAUCACACUACCCAACACAUGUCUUGCACUUGGGAAAUAUGUCAAGUUUUAAUAGAAUUUUACAAACCAGAAACGUUGCCGAACUACGACUCAAAGAAAACUGACUCUAUCAACUCAGAGACUCUAGAUUUAUUCAAGAAAAUGUGUUGUCUUGUUCCCAAAGAGAGUUCAUCCAUUGAUAUUAUCAAAGAAAUGAAUGCUUAUCUGCAUGGAAACAGAAUGGAUAUUCCAAAAGUCAAAGUGCCAUUACCCAGUCAAGUUUCGUACUUAUAUUACUAUAUUGCAGACUAUUAUUUCAAAAAUAUAGGAAAUCUGUCAUGGUUAAAAGCAUCUAAGUAUUACAUAUAUGAUUUGUGUCAACACCCUAACGAAUUCAAUUCGUGGGCUGGAUUAGCAAUGUCAAUAGGCACCAUAAUGGAAACUUGGCUAAACAACUUUGAGCCAAACAUUAGCGAGGAAAAAUAUCUGGAGAAAGCUAAAAUCGCACAAUUAAGUUAUCAGCAUGCUGUUGAUUUGGAACCAACGCAUUUAAUUAUCUGGACGGAAUAUGGUAAUUUCUUGUAUACCGUUCACUCAUUUUGUUCACGGCUAUUGAAGCAAGAGAGUGAUUCUUUAAACAUGAAGAGAUUCGAAGUGUUAGAAAAUCAAAAGGACGAGAUGAUUAAUAAAGCAAAGGAGUGCUUUGCAACUGCCGACGAUAUUUCCAAUAAUCGUCAGGGUACCGACGAGCCUAACGAGAAAUGGCUUUAUCAGUAUAUGCUUGGUAAAGUCGCCGAAAAGAAGAAUAAAGAGCCACAGACAUUUUUAAAGUAUUACUUACAAGCUGGCAAAUGGCUGCUUUGUGAUAAUGAUUCGAAACCAAAGAGUACUCCGCAAUGGUCCCACGAAUCUCUUGAAGUUUACUAUAGAAUCUUCGCGAGCAUUUUAAAAUACCUAGAACAGCACGAAGGUAAACCAUUGAAAAAAUCUUUGUUUAUCAUAUUACAUGAAAGCUUGAAGAAUUGUCUGAAAUAUCCGUUCAUGUCGUACGACUGUACUUUCUAUAAAAUGCCGGUUGAUCAACUUGUGAGUAGUACGAAAAAUCGUUUACAAGAUCAAUGUACUAACCGUAAAUCGAACACCAGUUUGAAAAGGCGCAACGACGUGUUCUCAAGUGCCAACGAUGAAAGAAUAAAAAGGGCUCGAUAUAACGAGUCAGAUUUGAAGAAGGAUGUGGGAAGUCUUGUUAAUGACUUAAUCAUGGAAGUUUGCAACCAAUUGUCACCCAAACGAGAACCCUCGGAACACUGUCCUGUUAUUAAGUUUGCUUCAAGCUCGAUGAUCAUGGAUACAGAUAUGAGAACGGAAGUAGACGUGCAAGUUCCUAAAACGAGUUACACCGAAGAUUCGCCAGCUGCAAAUAUAGACGAUGCUGACAAGAAAAGCAUAGCUGAAGUCGAAGACGCUCCAAAGGAUAUUCCGAAAAAAAUGCAAGACGAAUUGAAAAAAUGCAACAAAUCUGACAAGAUACUGAACAGAAGAGAUUCGCAAGAAAGCUCAACGACUACUGAAACAAGCACGUCGGAGACAAAUGACACAUCGUCUAGCAGUGAAAAUUCCAGCAGCAGCAGCGACUCCUCCUCAAAUAGUUCAAGCUCCAGCGAAAGCGACAGUGAUUCAGUGUCGAGCGAUGCCGAGAAAAAGGGACAGCCGGCCGUAAGUGAAAAUACCUUUGCCACAGAGAAGGAGGUAAGCGAAUUGAUUGAGAUGUGUCUUGCUGGCUUGGAACAAUGUAUCCUCAAAUUCCCGAAGCAUUAUAAGUCGGUUUAUCGUUUAGCCUACUUUCACUUCAACAACAAAACUUUUAAAAAUAUUGCUGCCUGUAAACAGCUGCUUUUAGGUACUUACGAGUGUCGAUUUCAUCCCAAUCAGAAGAUCCAAGGACUCUUUGCAGAUCGCAAGAAUAAUAAUUUUUUUAAUGGUAUCUGGCGAAUUCCUGUGCAGGAGAUCGAUCGACCUGGAAGUUUUGCAUCUUACAUGUCUAGAUGUACUUCGUUUUUGAUGCAAAUUUUAAAAGAUUCUGGCGAUAGUCGUAUGUUGACAGAAUUAUGCAUUCAGUUGCGAAGGAAACCAGAAGCCGAGAAAAAAUAUUUGAGGGACAAUGAGAGAGAGCAGUUAGCUUGUCAAGCUUUGACUAUGUGUAUACAGUGUUUACGUAACAAAAUUAAGUUCAACAACAAUGAUAAGUCAUCUUUGUACGGAUUAAAUAUCGAAGCGAAAUUGCAAGUGUUAUUGGAUAUUUUUUACACUUAUCAGAUGAUCAAAAACAUAUCGGAUUACGAAAUGACUUCGCUACCACAAGUCAAAAAAUUGCUAGAAGAAGGAUACAUCUCUUAUUGCGGUAAUCCAAAAGUACAAGGUAAUAUUUUUGAAAUUGCUGUGGAUUGUUGCAGACAGCAAAAUCGACUAAAGAAUAGAGUAUCUACUCCUAAUGUUAACACCAGUGUCCACCCAACAAUUACGCCAAGUACAUCGUCGUUGACUGUUACACCAGUUACUAAAAUGCCAAGCACUGCACCAAGAAAAUCACAGAAAAGCACUGGUCCCCCAAAAGUACGUGGAAGACCACCAACAUUUGAUAAACAAUUUCCAAACAUGUCCAGAACUAAUUUCAAAUCUACUAGCAAUGAAAUGAAUGCUAAUCAAAUGAAUGCCAACCUUCCGUUCACUGGUAAUCCUGGAGUCGAUCCCUUAUUGAGCAAUCUGUUCCUUCGACCAGAUUUAUUAGCAUACGAUUUUUCGAAGUUUUCCUCAAAUGUUGUCUUUGAAGCUAUGCAACAGUAUAUUAACAGACAAAUGAAUUUGAAUUCAACAUCAGGACUCAAUUACAACAAUCCACAACCUUUCAAUAAUCCAAAACCUUUCAAUAAUCCACCACCAACAAAUGUUCAAAGUGAAAAAGCUAGUACUUCGAGCACGAAUAACAUGUUUGGUUCUAUGAAAGCUAGGCCAGAUGUAUCCAUAACACCCGUGACGAAAAAUCCUCUUCCAAAAUUUUCACAAUCUGGAACUAAAACUAAAACUAGUAGGCCUAAUGACAGUGCACCUUCGUCGACAGCGUCGAAAGUAACAAAUUUGAUGACACCACCGGAAAUUUCACUACUCAAGCCAUCUCAAGCUCAUCAGCAACAACGCAGUUCUGAACAUGGACUUUUGAACCAAGUAGCUUUAAAUCUAUUGAAUACAGACAAUAACUCUGCCAGUAGAAAUUCAAUAUUUCCAUCGACGAGUCAAACUUCUAUCACACCAGUCAAGUCGAUUCCUCCGAUGUCUCGCGCACAGCAGUUAAAUGCGCCGCUGCCGCAUCCACGACUGACCUCGAUUGACCCAGUCAAGCCACCAACAAGUUUAUCACAGCAAACCACAUCGUUGCAGCACAAACUGCUCCACAAUAAGCAUCACAAUCAAUCGUAUCACAGCAGCGUAAUUACGAGUAUGUUGUCAAGGAAAGAAGAACCGAUGAAACCGUAUUAUUCAAGCAGUCGUAAAAGUGCCCUCGGUGACCCAAAUGACUUGUCUAUGCUGUCGAACUUAGCGACGGUGAACCCCUUGCAGACGGAAAUGUUGCAUCUCGGUACCGCAACGUCAUAUACGACGAAAAAAUCAACACAAAGCUCUAAAGUAUCGAAAAGAUCGAUCCCAAAUGUUAAUAAUCCCACCACUUACUCGAUUGUUCAUAAUCCAGUUGGCUAUUCUCAUAAAAAAACGCUUCAAGACUUGAGUAUUUCGUCUGCAACAGGAUACUCUACGAAACCUUCAGCACAAGAUCUCAACAAUCCGGCAGCGUUCACGCAUAAAAAGUUAGCUCAAGAUACCGUUAACAUCUCUCCAGGGUACUCUAUGAAGAAACCUGGGCCGGAUAUAAGUGGUCCAGUGGGGCUCUCGUUGAAAAAAUCUAUGCAAGAUAUACAUAAUCCAGCUUCUUACUCUAUGAAAAAGAAGCCACCAGAGGCUCACAGUCCAGUUGGGUAUUCAAUGAAAAAACCAAUUCAAGACGUGAAUAGUCUGACUGGAAUUUCUUUAAAAAAGGCCCCUCAAGAUAUCAACAAUCAAUAUUCCAAUCCUGUGCUGAAUCGGCUUCAACAGCAAUCACAUUUAGAAAUUAUUCCGCAGUCCAGUCGCCCAAGACAAGUCGAACCAAUGAAUGCUCCAGUUGAGUUUAGUGCCGUGAAUAAUCAAUCUAAACCUAUGAACUUUAUGAGUAGCGAUAGCGUAUCAGUAUAUGAAUUACCGAAGCAGAAACCUAAUGUGAGCAAUAGUAGUCCGGCUUCUGCAUCUCGAGCCGAGAAGGAACUUGUUGGGAGUAAAGUGGAGAUAAUUACAUUGGACGACUGAAAUUAAAUCAGUCAAAUGUUAUUUUCUUUUUCUGUUUGUAAUCUAUAGUGUUGCUUAUUUUUAGAAAGUAUAUAAAAAUGGUAAUGAUGAAUUAAUUUGAAAUUAGAAAGAAUAGAUUAAUACUGUUCUUUCAUUUUUAUACUAAAAAAAGCUUUAAAUUUAAUAAAUUUGUAAUUAAUUGUUUGUAUCAAAUUUGUAAUAAGCUAAGUUUAUAAUGCGCGAGCUAAUAGCAUGCGUAUAAUUAAUGUUUUGGAUUAUUUUUACGAUUUUGAGUGAGUGAUGAAUGAGUCGAUGAAUGAGGGUUAUUUGUAAAUAGAAAGAAAAUUAUAAAUGUAAUGUAAAAGUUUGGUACACGAAGUAGUAAAAUGUAAAGUUAAACUGAAUA